GAAACGAGAAGUGGCGGCGGGUAAGAUGGCCCACAGGCUGCUAGUACGCAGAAUUUGGACGCUGUCUGUGAAAGAUAUCCGCAGCCUCCCAACAUCCACUGCCGCCAUCGCUUCCUCCUCUUUUUCCACAUCGCUGCAAUCCACCACAGCCCGGGACUCCUUCCUCUCUCCCUCACGCACUCUACCUCGCUCUCUUCCUCACAUCACCCGUCGGGCGGUCUCCUUCAAUGUUCAGGACAACGAGGACUUCACAGAGAGGGUCAUCAACAGUGAGCUGCCCGUGCUAGUUGACUUCCACGCCCAGUGGUGUGGUCCGUGUAAGAUCCUUGGGCCGAGGUUGGAGAAGGCUGUUGCAAAACAGAAAGGCCGUGUUGCCAUGGCAAAGGUUGACAUAGACGAUCACACCGACCUGGCUAUUGAAUAUGGGGUGUCUGCUGUCCCGACAGUAAUCGCCAUGCGGGGAGGUGACGUCGUUGACCAUUUUGUGGGAUCAAAGAUGAUGAUGAGCUGGACUCAUUUGUCAGCAAAAUCAUUGGACAAUAAACCAGCUGUUCCCGCCCUGCCAUUCGCCACCGUUCUGGCACGGUCGGCAGCCCUUAGCCGCCAUCUUGAGACUGUUUGGCAACCAUCAACAAAUAAAUAAAACCUUGCCGCAAUCCCAGCUGGCAAACUCUCAGAUGCUCACACCCAUCCCUAGACACACUUUGCUUUAGCUGUGCAUUACUGCUUCUGUCUCUCUUGUUUCUUUUGUCUAGGGCUGGGUGUGUGCCUCCAUUGACCUUUUAGAUCACGCUGUGCUCCACUUUGCAGCAGUUCCAUAUCUCUUUAAAAAAGUGUGACAGCUCCACGGCUCUAUUCAUACCACUAGAGCUGCUGAGCGUGAGUGUGUGACAGUUUUCUGUAAGAGUCUGUGGAAUGGAAAAUACACCGCUGUAAUGCACUUAUACUGUAUGACAUGAGGGAUGAAGAUUUAUUUAGUUUUAAUGGAGGAGAAAACUUAACUUAAAACCUGACAAUACUGAAUGAGGUUUCUGACAGUGUUACUUGUAGUUCCUGCUUUUGUCCACAAGAGGGUGGCAUUUUGUUAACAUCACAAAGCCACACAUGGUCAUUUUACACCAUUAUGCCUAACAAUGUGAGAAAGGAAGACCUUUUUGCGUGUAUGUGUGUGUGCGUGUGGGUGUGUGUGUUUCUGUGUAUGUCUUUGGGUCCUGACUGUGAAACCUGAGUCAAGCAGGAAUUUACAAAAUAUGAGUUUGAUUUAGUUUAUUACUGAACUGAACUCCAUGUACCAGUAACAUGACCAAGUGACGUGAUAAAGGAGUCAAAAGAU